AAGUGUUGAAAAUAACACCCCCUGUUCCAAUUUCCUAACGUGAAAGCUAAACAAAACAAACGGGGUUUCAGAAGAAAGUAACUUGCAAAACCCAAACUAGAAAAACAAAUCAAAGCUUAGACUUUCAGUUUGAGGUGGUGACUCACUGAGUCUUCACUCGUAGCUUUUUAACAAGGUUUUCAUAUAUGUCAAGUUGUUUUUUUUUUGUUAUUUUAAGGUUUUAAAAAACCAUUGUUUGACUCAAAAAGCAGAGGAGAGUGGGGACUGGGGAAUAGGGAGUGAUGGUGAAGUGGAUCUGAAAGUUGAAAAUUUUCAGUAGGUAGAGCCCAAAGCUAUCAUCUUUGAAUCAAAGGGUGAUCAAAUGCUUUAGCGCUUUGGUUUGGUUUUCCUGUCUUCCGACACACUAGGACAAUGACGCACCCUUCUUUCCACAAGCUUCUUCUACCCUCCACUCUCCAACCCAAACAACUGAAGACUGGUUGAGUGGUUGUGAAGAAAAGUCAGAAAAUUUCUUUUGGGACAAGGUCUUGGGAUUUUGGAAGACAGAGUUCUUUGUGUUGGCUCACUCGAUAUUAGUGUAGAACAUGAAGUCAAUAAAGUGUGAUUGGUUAAUUUUAUGUCUUUUUUCAACAGUGUUCUCACUUAGGCUUCCAGAUGAUUUUAUGAGGAAAUAUGGGGGUGAACUUUCUCCAAUUGUUACCCUCUCUGUUCCUGAUGGUAGUGUCUGGCGUGUAGGGUUGAAAAAGGCAGACAACAAGUAUUGGUUCCGUGAUGGUUGGCAAGAGUUUAUUCAGCACUAUUCCAUUGGCGUAGGAUACUUGUUGGUUUUCAGAUACGAAGGAAAGUCAGGUUUCAAUGUUCAUGUUUUUAAUUUGGCUACUUCUGAGAUAAACUAUCAAUCAGCCAUACGAUGCAGUAAUGAAGGGCCUCACUUUGCAAAUCUUCUUAAAUUUUUUGAAGAAAUGGAUGAUGAAGAUUCCAUUGAAAUCUUGGAUUCAUCACCUUCCCAUCUUGCUCCAAGUUCAUUGCAAAGAGUUCUUGCUUGUUCAGUAGAUAAAAUGUCGCCUGCAAAGAGUUAUACACCUCCAGCAUUACAGAAUCUGUUCAAUGGAUCUAAACUUAAUAGCAUAAACUGGGGAGAGGGUGGUGAUGCGCAUUGUUCCAAAAGUGCCAAUUCACUGGAUAAUCGAUUCACCAGAGACAUAGGAGUUCAAUUUAACGCAGUCGAGUUUAAAAGAUCUACUGAAGAAUUGAAACUACGUGCUUCCAUGGAGGAAAGGAUGAAAAAAACUGCAAGAAAGAAGCGGAAAUCAGGUCUUGAUGGACAGGAAGCCUCUGCUGAGCAAGAAGAGGAAGUUGACAUGCGCUUCAGAUUUUAUGAAAGUGCUUCUGCAAGAAAAAGAACUGUGACAGCAGAAGAAAGAGAGAGGGCCAUCAGUGCAGCGAAAGCAUUUGAACCACCUAAUCCUUUCUGCAGGGUUGUCCUAAGGCCCUCCUACCUAUACAGGGGAUGCAUAAUGUAUCUGCCAUCCUGUUUUGCAGAAAAGCAUUUGAAUGGAGUUUCUGGGUUUAUUAAACUUCAGAUUUCUAAUGGGAGACAGUGGCCAGUUCGCUGCCUUUAUAGGGUAGGUAGAGCCAAGUUAAGCCAGGGGUGGUUUGAAUUUUCAUUAGAGAACAAUUUAGGGGAAGGUGAUGUGUGUGUGUUUGAGCUUCUUAGAAUGAAAGAAGUAGUGCUGCAAGUUACCAUCUUUCGCAUUACUGAGGAAGUGGGAAUGUUGAAGCCUCCUCCUUCCCAGCAGAACCAAAACAUGAGCUCAGCUAAACUGCUGAACAAUCCCUUGCAGCAACAUCUUAGUUCAACUCAAAUGGUUAGAAAUUAGCAGCAGCUUCAUCACUUAUAGCUCAGCUGUAUCAAAUAAUCCCUUGCUUAUGUCUGGAACUCAGAUGCACUUUCUCUCCAACAUGUCAGGGUGACUUCAUUGGAACAUAGUUAUUAUAGUUUUGAUACUUUUCACUCAUUCCUCUUCUUUUGACUUGGGUUGUAAAUAGAUUGUUCAAUCUAGCUCAUCAGAAACCGAGUCAAUGUUUUUCC